CAUCGGUUUGCACACGAAGAAGAUGCCCAUGUCGUCAAAGAAGUUGAGGAAGCGGAAUUUAUGGGCUUUUGACAUGGGGCGGCAGAGCAGGGCGUUGCCAAGGUCGUCGAGAAAGUAGAGGACUCCCAUUGUGAUAGUCGGGGGGGGUUUUUGCUGAAUGAUGCUUUUGGAUUUGAUGAUACUGUACAUGAAAGCCAUAGUCUCAAGUUGAUAUUGCAAUAUAUACAGUAGUAUCUGUCGAGGCAGCAGCAGCAUACGACGACGAACCUCCUUUCCUGCCUGAUCGAAGUCCUUCUCCGACAUUCCAAAUUUGAAGCCCAAGAAAACACACAAAAUGUCCACGAACUCUGGAGAGAUCCGGUGAUACUGAACGUGUCCAGGACUCAAGGCGCCAGUAUGGGUGGGCGGUUCAAGCCCAUUGGAAUACCUCGGAGAUGCAUUGGCAAGGAUUGGGCGCGACGUGUGUUCAGGGGGAUGGCCAGCCAAGCAGUUGAGACUUUGAGAGGGACACGCAAGGACAUGACAAGGCCACCGACAAGGAUCGCGACAAGGGGAGAGGGAAGAAGCCCCUAUUCGACGGAUUUCACAAGAGGAGAUUCAAAGAGGCAUAAGAGACUCAAGGGCAAAGACGUGUUUCAGCGUGUCUCUGGUUCUGCAUUUGGGCAGUGUGCUCUGCCACCUGUGAACUCGAACUCUCCAACUCCCUCCACUUCCCCAUACACCUACCUCACACCUCACUCACCUCGCUCUCAACUCUAUCAACUCUAUUCAACUUCACCUGUCCGUUCUCUCCAACCAAUACAUCCUACAUGUUGCCAACACCUCGACUGCCAACGAUGGCCGAGCACUGACCCGUUCUACACCCUGCGUGCCCUUGCAUCCCGCCCGCAAACACCAUCGCUGAACCCCAGACUCGAUCGUCGAGAGACUUACAGGACAGAUCGCUGUGCCACUGUCGCGUGCCAUCGCACCUUUUGUCCAUUCUACGAUUCUACUGCGUCUAUCUCGUCCAUCUCGUCCAUCUCCUCCAUUGAACUCGCCCACUGCUGGGCCGUUGCGACUAGGGCCCCCGCCCCUCACUUCUUACACCCGACGACCAGCGCGGUCAUGUCGAAGCAACCAUCCGACUCCUUCCUCCCAUCCGGCGCGGUUCCAUCUCCCCCUCCAGCGGUCUCCCCAUCGCAAAUCCCUUGCAGCGUCCCCGAUCACAUCUCCCCGACCGGCUCUGGUAGCCGCACUUCCCCAGUACCGAAACCCUACGUGCAUUCGUUACGCUCGCCUCCAGGCCUGGAGAGACCGCUCUCCCCACCCAAGACCCGGAGCGCGAGUGCGGACGAGAACCCCGCGGCCCUGGUGGACGAUUGGCGGGCAUAUGCCAGUAAAUUGAGGUGCCAGAGUGAGGGUGAGAAAGCACAUAUGUUGGCCGAUAGAGCACGGGCAGAGGAGGUGAUGGCCGAGGAGAGGGCUCUUUGGGAUAAAGAGCGGGACAUCUUGAAAGCAAGGAUUGCGGAGCUGGAGGCCGAGUUGGAGAAGAGGGCAGCGGGAACGCCGUUUCUCUCGUCGUCUCUACCUCAGAGGGGACGGCCGAGUGGACAUGGUCAGCAAGGGGCCUUGAGCUUUACGAGUCCGGGUUCGAACGCUGUGAGCGUGACAGGCAGUUCGGGCAGUCCAUCAUCAAGACCUGCAGUGCCGCAGGAAUCGGGACGUAAUGCUGAUGGGAGUCCCUUUUACGCCCCGGCGUCCCGCAACCCCUCCCGAACGUUCGAGCAAUCUGAGGUCACGGCACUACGAGUUGACACUAUGUUUGCGGCGAGAGAGAAUCCCAUCCGGGUUACCUCCAAGGAACUUACACCGUCAGACUUCGGAGUGCAGAGCCCCCAAACGUCAAUGAGCGAGCUGGAAACCAUCCCAGAAACCCCUGCCGAUUCCAUUGACAUCUCCCAUAUCCAACCCGAUCUCGAAGGAGUCUCCAUCCGCACCUCCGCCCUAUCUCCGAAAUUCGCAGCCAAGAUCCUCUCACCGCAAACCGAUUCACCCUCCAAACUAAGCCCCAAUAUCAAGCCUCCCGGACGAGACGUGAAGGAGAACGAAAACCCUGCACCCAAGGAGAGCAGUCUGAGCCCGAAUGGGCGACGGGUACCGGAUGUCGAAGGCUUGAUGUUGCAGCCGGAGACACAGCGCUUGACUAUGCAUGCCGGCCACACCCCAAACCAUUCCCUAUCGAGGUUCUCUGGCCUUCUGGAAGAGAGCGGAGGUGUGACACCGACGCAGGUCGAUAGCGAGAGCGUGCAGUCGCACCAACCUUCUGCUGUCGCAGGCGACGGUAUACAGGAGGAAGACGAAGAUAAAGAGCUCACUGGACCGCUGGGACUGACGAACGACAUGGGGAAAGAUGAUCUAUUCCUCGCGCAAUUGGUUGAGAAAUUGGACGAGGUCAAGAAGAGCGAAGGCACGAGUCCGAGUACGGAGAGUGCUGCGAGUAGGCUGAGCGACGAGGAGGUCAUCGAGAAGGACAAUGCGGACGCGGACGAUGAUGCGCCGCCGCUGCGACUGAAGCCCAGUCUUAAUUUCGGGAGGCCGAUUGGGAGGAUAUAAUACGCCCUCCAACUCCUUCCUGCACUCAAACCAACUCCGCUACCUCUCAGUCCAUAUUCCUCUCAGCUCACCACAGUCUCCAAAACGUUUUUGUCCCCUUUUCAUUCUGUACAGUGCGUUGGUGGGAAAAGUCUACAUACGAUAAACAUGGGAUCUGCCUGUUUGCUUCUUAAGAUAUUACACAUGUUUGUUUGGUGGGCGCAGUACACACAAAGAGCCAACUUCCCCCUCAUCAUUCAUCAUUCAACGCACUCUCAAAAUCCAAAAAGGAAAUAAAAAUCGGAUGGUUAUUUCAGGGGAUAAUAAAAGUAGCGCACAGUGAUCAAGGUUCGGCGUCAACAAACUGGAACGGAAGGGAACGCAUUACAGGACCAGGCCCAGGAGAGGCAUUACGGGUCCACUCACACAUACAUACAUAUCUUGACGUUUUUCCCUUUGUCCUGCGAGCGGGAUUAGAAUUUGG